AUUGUUGUACUGGGCGGAUGCAUAUACUGACCAGGACAAAAUUGAGUUUAUUGACCUGGAGGGAACAACUUCUUCACGCGGUGUGCUUUUACGGGAUAUGACGUCUGACAUGGUGGACCUGACGGUUUCUGCUGGCUUUCUCUACUACGUCGGUUACAACAAACACCGAAUAACUAAAGUUGAUAUAAACACCAAGCAACCUGUACAAUAUAUGACUUCGCAGCCAGAAUUUGGAGUUUUGGACUCUGUGGACAUUGUGCCUACAGAAAACACACAACCAGUAAAUGCCCUGUGUGGCAGUAACAAAGGCAUGUGUUCCCACUACUGUUUCUCCACACCAAGUGGUAAAAAGUGUGGCUGUCCAGACGGGAUGUACCUCGACCAAAACACCCAGCUAACCUGUACUACAGCUCCACCGACAUGCCCAAUGCAGAUUCCGAAUGGCCUGCUCAACCCUGGUUGUUCAGCCCGUAUUGGUACAAGUUGUGGAUAUAGUUGUACAACAGUCAAUUACGCUAAGAACCCGUCGAUAACCAUUCUCAACUGUACAUCUUCCCUGUUCUGGAACUUCCCUACUGACAGCCUUUGUAUAGAGAAAGUAUGUCCGACCAAUAUGAAGCUUGGACAGUUAGUGGAUUGCAUGGGUAAGGCAAACGAUGCGUGCAGCUGGACAUGCCCGUCCCCUCUCGUCAAACUCCAGUCUAUAGACGUUGUAACUUGCCUCAGUAAUGGGAAGUGGAGUACCAAUCUGGAUAACCUGUGUUUACCUAGAGUGAAAUGUAACAGUGUUAUACCAAACGGAGCUUUCAAGGGAUGUUCCUACCAGGCAGGCACAUCCUGUGAGGUCGUGUGUAACGCUGGAUACAGUCCUUUAGUGGACUUUGUCAAUUGUUUACCAGACGGAAUCUGGGACAAAAAAUCCAACAAUAUCUGUGGAUUAACGAAAGUUGUCGAACCAGAAAAGCUGACACAAGCAAGCUCAAAUGCCGGUCUCACAGCUGCAGUCGGCGUCGUCGUCACGCUCCUCGUCAUCCUCAUUGCAUUGGCAGUGGCCUUUUAUUUCUUCCGCAGGAGGAUCUUUUCACCAGAUAAACAGAAUGUCCAAGGUCGUUAUCGUUCCUCGCCUAACGUUUACUUCAACGCUAGUGACAAUCGGGGUGCGGCGGCCACGUCCCCGGCCGAGGGAUACAGCAACCCCAGUCUUCAUGCCGGAAAUGGUGAAGCCAUGCCAAACACAAACCCAUUGAAGCUGGACCAGAUCAACCUUGCCGACGACAACACAAAACAGAACCUCCAGAAUGAGGGACACUAUGACAGCAUCAGAGAGGGUCGACCAGUGGCAGGAGCAGCAGGCCCCCAUGAGGCGGUCAAUCCACUCUACACCACUAUGCAGCCACAGGAAGAAAUGGCUUACAAAAACGCUGAGAGUGUUCCAGAAAAACCUGGAUAUCACAGAUUCAACUGAAGAAAAUAAACACAUGGUGUGUGAUUAAUUGGGGAAAUGUUUGGAAAUAUGUUGUUUUUUUUGUAAUCGUGUUUAAUAAUAAUUCCAAUAUUGAAAUUUGUAUUUAGUUAAUAUAAGAUGUUUUGGAUGUAAAAUGAUGAAACUUAUCAAAAGUAAGAAGCACUUGGACAAGGAAGUCUGACCCAAAACCAUGUAUAAUGUUUUCCUCUAAUUGUCAUUUGAUUAAAUGUGAUAUAAAAUUUGAAUUGACAUCAAAAAAAAUAUGCCACUCUGAGAAUGAAGUACUUUUAGUGAUAAAAUCGAAGUAGACGGAUCGGAUUUCAGAUAUUGCCUGUACAUUACUUCCUAUCGUAACAUUACAAAUUACAUGUAGUCAAGGCCAACAAAUGCAUAUCAAAAGAUCCUUCUCCCGAAAAGUCAUCCACAGUGUGAUUGCAUCAAUCAUAUAUUAGAACAAUUUCUGUUUAAGUAAAACAUUAUAUUAGCCGAAAUAUGGCAUUAAACAAGAUGACAAUAAGUGGAAACCCCAGUACACGAUUCACUACCUUGUCUGCAAGAAGUUUUAAUUCAUUGUCCUGUCGUGAUUAUCUUUAUAUAUAUAUUUACUAAAUACAAAUACAAACUACAUCUUUAUCUGUUCUAUUUUCUAAAUGUAAUUUCUUCCUUUUUAUCAAAAAAAUAUUUUUUUAACUGUAAUAACUAUGUUUGAGACAACUUGGAACUAUGUUCUGUAAGCCCACCGAAAGUGUAAUACAUACAAUAGGUAUUGUACAGGUGUCCGGAUCCGUCGGGUUUAAUUUAGACAGGUUAUACAACAUAUAUUAUCACAUGUAUGCAUUUUUCAGUGCGGGGCUUUUUUCUUUUCUUUGGAAAAUAUUUUAUUAUUUGGGUUAUUACUAAAUUAGUGGAACAUUUCUAUAUUUAAUUGUUUGGUUAUUUUACUAAAUUAAUAGAACCUGCUUGUCUUGAAUGAAGUUGCUAUUAAUAGGUAAUCAUAUGAUCUAUUUUGCCAUGCUUUAAUCUUGAGGAAAUGUUAAUUUUGUUACUAUUAAAAUAAAAAGUUAAGUGUGAUAACACGAGCCCGUCAAGUCCCCGGAGAAUUCAUUCAAAGUUUUAUGAAUAUUUACCACAUAUGAAUAUACGUUUGUUAUUAUGAUUCCUCGUUUUAAUAUAUAUGUAUAUGCAUAGUAUGUGCUGAUUUUAUUAUUAUAACUACCAGUGGUCCUGUUACAAUGAUUUACAAGUGAUUUCAUUGGAAAAGGACAGUGUGGUAAGCUUUAAUAUAUUAU